AUGCAAGUGCUGUUUCCUGGAUCUAGUAUCUAACAAACAAUCUACAGACCAUGUGCGUCGAGUCCAUGAUACAGAGUCGACACGGGGUAACCAGGACACAUAGACGGAUUCGGAUUGCUCGAUCGAUCUAGCCAGUGUUCCCAGAGCACAGCCGAUCAAACAGCACGCUCCGGUUCGGUCUCGUCCCCACGCCCACAGUCCACAGAGCACAGCCGGAGGCAGCAGCAUCGUGUCCCUGUCAUGCUUCGUGCAGCAGCGCGUGCGUUGACGCGGUCGGCGCGUGGAAUGGAAACCAACCCAAACCCAAACCCACUUGAGCACCCACGGCGGCGCGUAGGAGCAGGAACGAGCAGUAGUGGAACACUGACUCGGAAACCAACCGCGUGGUGGGCCCCCCACUCCCACGGGAAAAAAAAAGGAACUCCGCACUCAUCCUUCAGUACCUUAUCCUCACUGCCCGCGGGCCCUCCGCGGCCCCACGCGCGCGGGAGGCGGAGAAGGGUAGCAGGAGCCGACCGGCAGCAGCUACUGCAGGGCAGGCGCAGGCAGGACCAGCACCUCUCAGAGGCCAGGCAGGACUCAGGAGGCCAAGCAGAGCGCGGCACGUGUGGCGCCCCCGCGCCCGAUAUUUUGCCGGCCAAGGGCGGCGACGUGGCGGCCCCGGAUUGCGCGGCCGGCGCGAGGUUGCCGCUGGCGCAGCCCCGGCAAGCCGCACAGUGGCGCACGCGUGAACCUCGUUGGCGUCGCGUCCCCGCGGGCUUUCCUGCUCUGCUCACCGCGCUGCUGCACCCCAGAUCUCUUCCGCCCGUGGACACGACAAGGAGGCGCCCUCACGUGCAGUGCAACGCGCUCGCGCUUCCUUCCUAGUACUGUACGAGACUAGCAGAACUCCGCGCACGCUCGAAAAAAAAGGUUGUUUGCGUACCCGUCUUCCACAAAACACUCCGGAUGGAAAUCUACACGUCCCGGCUUUCCCGCCGUUUUGAGAACCCGAGCCAACUGUAGGUUCUCCGUUCUCAUCUUCCCCUUAGGACUUGUUUACUACAUGAGAGUGAGGGUAAUCGAGGUGAUUAAGGAGGCUAGAAUCUUUCACUGUUCAAUUUUAAAUAUUAAGGACAUGUUCGGUUUACUUCGAA